AUGGCCUGCCAUCCCCGCUGGACAACUGGAUCGCCUCUUCGCUCGACUUUGCAUCUGAGCCACUUGCGGGUGAUGGGUUCUGUGCAGGCAGGCCACUUGCAGGUGAUGGGUUCUGUGCAGGCAGGCCACUUGCGGGGUGAAAUCGAAGAGCCAUUUCAAGACCUGUGCACAUUCACACUGUACCUCACUGUGCAGCUGCGUCCAUCCUCAGGUUUUCUAGCCUAUCACUGGACAAGCCCAACCAUUAUUCUUGCUUCCUACACAGGCACCAGCGACGAACUCAAUGCACCAGAUUGGGUAACCCUCAUCAGCAACCCUUGUUCAUUUAGGCAGCCACGGACACACAUUGUCGAAGUUUUCAUGAUAUUGGCAGCUCAACCUGAGAAUGAAAGGUCGUCACAAUGGAUUCUUGCUUGGUGCUUUGCUGUGUCGUCAAUAUCUCACAAUCUGCCUGAGGCACCCGGCCGUUUACCAUUACUUAUCUGGCUGCUCCCAAACAGUGUCCUGUCCCUUGUGAAUGCACUCAAUGUGGUGGCAUUAAGCAUGUCUUGCAAGAAGAACGGCAUGCCCAUUUGGUCCGACAGCUCUAUGGGAAACACUCAUGGGGUGUUGACACCUCCUCAAAUACUUUUGGAUCUGCCAGCCACACCCACUCACAAUUGUCUAAGUCCACAAUUGACAGCUCAACCCCCUGGCACUCUGUUGAGUGCUCGGAGGAGUGCUGCAAUCCAUGCAGUCGAGGAGCACGCUGCCAUUUUGAUUUCCGAGGCAUUAGCAGAGGAACCAGACCAUCUGUAUGAGCCUUUCAUUGAUGACAAUUGGGAGGAAGGAGAAGAACCUGAGGCUGACACCAACCCUGGCACCAACUCCCCAUAUAAUCCCCAAGUGUCCCUCCCAGCUGCCGAACUCUUCCCUUCAAUCCCGAUUGCCACUCAUGUUCCUGCGGUGAAAGCUGCAGAGAACAACCCAGAUCUGUUCUUCUGUGUGCAGGAGGACGCUCAUGAUCAGCUAUGCCAGAAACCAUCUGAUGUUCACCCAGAAGGUGAUGUUUAUCUGCUUUACAUGCUUGUGACAUGGCUCCACCUCCAGUUUCAUGUCCCAGUCCAUGCCUGCACAGUGAUUAUUCACGUUGUCGGUCUUAUCAUCAGGGCCUUUGGCCACACCAUCAACCCACCUCUGAUCACCACUCUCAAUCACAUCAUGUCAAAGUUGGAUGUCGAGCCUGUCUUUGACAUCCUUCCAAGUUCCUUUAUGCCCAGAGUGCCUCAAGACACGACCCUGUGUUCCCCUUCUUCGCUUUCCGUACAAGAGUUUAGAAUCACAACUAGUCUGGAGGAAGAGCUAGAUGCAUGGGGUGCACUUCCUCGUACCCCAGGAAAGAUGGGAGACAUCUUUGAUGGUGAAGUAACUAAAAGCUUACCAGCACCUGAUGGAAGUCCUUUCUUUCGAAAUCAACCAGGUGAUGAGAAGGGCCCAAAUGGUGAACUUCACAUCAGAGUUUCCAAGCAUGAACCAAUGAAGAGCAUCGAGCGGCUGUUACCUUAUUUUGACACUGUGCACAUGAUCAUUAUUGAUCCAAUGCAUAACCUGCUUCUCGGUAUAGAUACUCAUGCAUUGCGUGUUCCUUCAGUCAGGCUAAAAUUUCCUACAGGCCUCGUCAAGACUCACUUCUAUCACAUCUGGGUACAAGCCAAAAUUCUCUGGAAGAUGAAAGAGCUGCAUGCGCUGCACCAUAUCCUUAGUGAAGUCAUGCCGGCACAUCUCGGUUGUUUGCCGUCGCUUAUGGGUGUUCCCGCUGAGCUGAAGAAGCAAAAGGCUGCUGCGAAAAAGAAGGCGAACACUGAGAAAAAGAAGCAUCACCAGGAAGUGGUGCAACAUGAACGAAACCCAAGGCCCAAUGUGACCAUACCUGUCUCAUCGCCCAUACAACACGCAACUGCCUCUCUAGAGCCUGUUGACAUGCCAUCCCGACCACCUGUUGAUAAACCAAACAAACGGAAACAUCAAACAGAUUACUGCCAGGAACUAAUCACUCUUUAUGGCCCUGAUGUAAUGUGGCCCAACCACCAUUACGCCAUGCACACUGCGGAAUGUGUCCGUGAUUUUGGUCCCAUGCAUGGGUUUUGGACCUUCCUCUUCGAGCAGCUCAACAAGAUUCUCAAGAGCUACAAAACAAAUAACCACAGUGGGGGUGAACUUGAAGUUACAUUCUUUCAAGAAUUUCAUAGAAUGGUCCACACUUCUCGAAUGGUUUCUUCUGAUCCCUUCUUGCAUGUAGCCUGCUCUGCCCGACCUGGCCAGCCUGAGAUUUUUUGUGAUGCUGUUGAUGUCAUGUUUACUGCAACCACAGAUGAUCGCAGUACCUUGCAGGCACUCACACAUGACCUUGAUCGGACUUGUCUUGAUGGUACCUUUCAAUGUGGUUUCCCAACCUUCAUCUGUGGUCAUACCUCACUCCAGCCCCAGCACCAUCAAUACCACUACUAA